AUGGAAAAGACAGACCUAAGCACAGACAUCCCUUUGGUCUCUUCCUCCGACGACGAUUGGCUUUUCCCAGUCGACAAGAGGAAGUGGUAUGAGAAAAUCCCAUUCACACAUUGGUACAAGAAAUUUUAUAUGCCGAGAACAAUUAAAAGAACAACUGUUGAGAUUAAAAAGGCGCCCAAGUACGUGACAAACAAAAUUGCAAAUACAAGAUACACGUGGUGGAACUUUUUGCCAAUGUCUUUGUUCAAUCAGUUCAAGUACUUUUAUAACUUGUACUUCUUACUCAAUGCAUCGUCCCAGUUGAUACCUGCUUUUAAGGUUGGAAUGACAUUCACUUAUUUCGCGCCGCUUGUGUUUGUUGUUGCGUUGUCUAUUUGUAAGGACGCGGUGGACGAAAUCAGAAUCAAGUUGAGAGACAUCAAAUUGAAUAACGAAGAAUUCGAAAUGGUGAGCCAAGGACAAUUCAUACCUGUCAAGUCAAAGGAUAUCAAAGUCGGUCAACUUCUUCGACUUAAAAAGGGCCAAAGAGUUCCAGCAGACUUGGUGAUACUCCAAUCUGCUGACGACGAAGGAACGUGUUUUAUUAAAACGGACCAGCUUGACGGUGAGACCGAUUGGAAGUUUAGAAAGUGUAUCAAAGAAUUUCAAGGACUGCCAAUAGCCGAGUUGGAAACAUCCGAAUUUGAUUUGGACACCGAAGCACCACACAACGCAAUUUAUUCGUUUAUUGCAAGGGUGAGAAAAGGAUAUGACACAAUCCCAGUUUCGAUCGAUAACACGGCAUGGGCAAACACCAUUUUGGUGAGUGAGGAGAUUGUUGGAAUUGUUAUUUACACGGGAAAAGAGACAAGAAGCUCGAUGAACAGAAACGACCAACGGAACGUGAAGGUUGGUCGUGUUGACAUGGCGUUAAACCGUGUUUCAAAAGUUCUUUUCUGUAUUAUGCUCGCACUCUCUCUUCUGAUGGUGUGUCCUGAUGUUUUCCAUGGCAUUUUCUCGUUCUUUACUGUUGUUACUGUUGUCAGAUUCAUGGUGUUGUAUUCUUCGAUUAUUCCAAUUUCUAUUCGAGUCAACCUCGAUAUCUCUAAACUGAUUUACUCGUUUUUUAUUUCGACCGACGACAAAAUGGAAGGCGCGGAAGUAAGAAACUCGUCAAUUCCAGAGGAACUUGGUCAAGUACAGUUCUUGCUCUCGGACAAGACAGGUACUCUGACAAAGAAUGAAAUGUCGUUCAAAGUGCUUUCGCUGGGCACACAAUCGUAUUCCGUUGACAGUGCGGAGGAAAUGAAAGACGAGCUGAAAGAGUACUUACAGACAGACAACACACAACGUGUCAUGAAAAACUCUUCGACUUCGAAAAUGGCAGAGUGCAUCAAGGCACUUGCGUUGUGUCACAACGUAACUCCUUGUGUUACUGCUUCUGGCGAGAGGUAUUACCAAGCGAGUAGUCCCGACGAAGUUGCACUUGUCAAAUUCACAGAGCAAGUUGGUGUCAUUUUAAAAGAGAAAACAUUUGCGAAAAUGGUUUUGGAUGUCGAAGGUCGGGAGGAGCGCUUUGAGAUUCUGAACAUGUUCCCAUUUUCCUCGUCAACCAAACGGAUGGGUGUUAUAGUCAAAAGCGACGAAGGGAUUGUGUUGUAUAUGAAAGGCGCCGACUCGAUAAUGGCGCAAUUGAUUGAUAACAUCGAGUGGCUUGGCGAGGAAUGUGGCAACUUAGCCAAAGAUGGAUUGCGAACGUUGGUAUUUGGGAAGAAGAUCAUACCAAGUGAUGUGUAUGAAGUGUUUAAGAAGGAGUAUAAUGUCGCGAGUUCAAUGAUGAUUGGCAGAGAAGAGGCAGUUGCAAAAAGUGUUUCGAAGAUCGAGGGACACCUCCACAUGUUGUGUAUAACUGGUGUUGAAGAUGAGCUUCAAGACGAUGUCCAACAGUCAUUAGAAAUGCUCAAAAGAGCUGGUAUUCGCACGUGGAUGCUUACUGGAGAUAAAGUUGAAACUGCGCUUUGCAUUGCGAAAUCGACUCGGUUGGUUAGUGUCGAUCAGGAAGUCCGAGAAUUUUUUGCGUCGUCGAGUUUGGAAGCUGAAGCGUUAAUGGAGAAAUACGGUGGUAAUAUCAAUGAAGAGGGUCUUAUUGUUGAUGGCUCGACUCUGUCGUUGGUCUUAAAGGAGCUUCCAAUGCGAUUCAUUCACUUUGCAUUACAAGCGAAAAGCGUGAUAUGUUGCCGAUGUAUGCCAACACAAAAGGCUGAAGUUGUCAACCUGGUGAAGAAGAGUGGUAUAAGAACGUGUGCGAUUGGUGAUGGAGGGAACGACGUGAGUAUGAUCCAGGCUGCGGACGUUGGACUUGGUAUAGAAGGAAAAGAAGGAAAGCAAGCCUCAAUGGCUGCGGACUUUUCUAUGAAACAGUUUUCCCAUGUGACUCGGAUACUCUUGUGGCACGGACGUAACAGUUACAUCAGAUCAUCGGACCUUGCGUUGUUCAUCAUGCACAGAGGAAUGAUCAUUUCUAUCAUGCAAGCAAUUUUCAGUGCCAUAUUCAACUUUGCUCCAGUUGCAUUAUUCCAAGGGUUUUUGUUGAUGGGAUAUGCCACAUAUUAUACAAUGUUCCCAGUCCUUGCCAUUGUAUUGGACGAGCGAGUGAACGAGCAAAAGGUGAUGGAAUUUCCCGAAUUGUAUUAUCAGCUGCAAACAAAACAACGAUUGUCGAUGACAAGUAUGUUAACGUGGGUGUCUGUCAGUAUCUUACAAGCUGUUGUCAUCAUGUUUUUGUGUAUGUUCCUCUUCAAAGAGACUUUUCUUGAUAUUGUAUCGAUCUCGUUCACUGCGCUGAUUUUGAUUGAACUCAUCAACGUCGGGUUUUCUAUAAAGAGGUGGAAUUGGUUAAUAUUAUCGUCUGAGUUAUUCUCAGUUACGAUCUACUUCCUCUCGUUUUUCUUCCUCAAGUCGUACUUUGAUCUGCAUUUUGUCUUUUCGUGGCAGUUUUGGUGGAAGUUGUUUGUGAUAGUGGUGUUGACGUCUAUUCCGUUCAUCGCCAAAUUCAUCUACCAAAUCAUCUUCCCUCCAAAGUCAUUGACUGUUGAGAACAGAAGGUGGCCCGUCAGUUUCAACACAAAGUGCCCUAAAAUGCCAAAGAUCAAGAUGUUUAAGAAGUACAACAAGUAUUUCAAAUGGUUCAACCCAUUGAAUUGGUGUGCGUGUAAGAAGAAAAACAACCAAGGACCUUAUGAACAACAGAUGGUUGACCUAUAA